CUUCCUGUCAGCGACACAUGUCGAACAAGCAGCUAACGGGACCCAGCGAGCAGACCGGGAGGACAGUCGAUCACAGUCCGUGUGCCAGCCUCGUUGUUGCUUCUCCCCUUUUCCUCUCCGCCUAACACACGCACUUCUCGCUCCAAUGACAGCGGGGCACACGUAGACCUGUCAUUACAUCUGGCAAUGGACUCCUGUGGCUCGAGCGAGAGAAAAGAAAGAGCGAAGCAGCAGUAAAACGGGAGCCGUCCAGUGGAAAUACUAUCUGAUAACUCCAUUUGCUCGGCGCUCCGCUUGUCGUCCGAGCUCGAAGUCCUCGUCCGAGGUUCGCUGUCGCGCGGAGCCGGAGGCCGACUGCGCGCGCGAUAGUGUACCCGCUUUCCACCUGUACUUUUUUUUUUUUUUUUUUUUUUUUUUUUUUUGUUCUUUGGAGGGGCUGGUGGGGGGACCGUAGUAGCCUACCUGUUUACGCUGCUACCCUGCAGGUCAUUAACUUUACAGCCAUUACUCUCAAAAGAGACAACCGAGGGACAAUGGUGAAUCCGGGAGGCAGCAGCCAGCCACCACCGGUGGGCACGGGCUCUCUGUCCUGGAAGCGGUGUGCAGGCUGCGGGGGUAAAAUCGCAGACCGCUUCCUCCUCUACACCAUGGACAGCUACUGGCACAGCCGAUGCCUCAAGUGCUCCUGCUGCCAAGCCCAGCUGGGCGAAAUCGGCACCUCAUGCUACACGAAGAGCGGCAUGAUCCUCUGUCGAAACGACUACAUCAGAUUGUUUGGAAACAGUGGAGCUUGCAGUGCUUGCGGUCAGUCCAUUCCAGCCAGUGAACUGGUGAUGAGGGCACAGGGCAACGUGUUCCACCUCAAGUGUUUCACAUGUUCCACCUGCCGGAACCGGCUCGUCCCCGGGGAUCGGUUCCACUACAUCAACGGCAGCCUGUUCUGCGAACACGACAGACCCACAGCGCUCAUCAACGGCCAUUUGAGUUCACUGCAGACGAACCCGCUACUGCCCGACCAGAAGGUGUGUUAGGCGGGAGCCGUGCAGGAAGCAGGAUGUGUGCCUUCAUUUUAGCCCAACUCAUUCUCACCCCGAGACGGCGUGGAUCGGCAGCCUUUUAGCUGUGCUCCCAGGCCCAUCGUCUCCCCAUAAGGAAUCCUCCACCCGGCCGACCAGUUACUUGACUUUCAUUUCUGCGACCCCCAUACCCAACGCUCAGCCUUCAGUCUCGGCUUUUCCCCAAACAUGGGUGGAUACUUGCACUUAAUGCACCUGAAUCGGGAACGCCGAGGACUCUGUGACCUUGGAAUAAAAGAAGGGGACCGAUCAGAAUCCAUGGGGACUCUUCCGGAAGAGAAAAAUGAAAUGAAACAGAGGUUGUUGUGAGGGGAAGAGAAACAAAAAGACUAAUGACGCAGAAGAAGAUGCAGACUUUUCCACUGCAUAUUUGUUUAAAAGGACAUUUUAGGGGAAAACCUGGGACCUUUUUAAUUUUUCCUUCUAUCCUCAUUCCCCAACAACAUGGUGUUUCCACUUUAUAUAUUUUAAGUGUUGUCAAAGGGGAAUGUGUUUUUGUUUUUGUUUCCUUUGGUGGGAUAUAUAUAGAAAAAUGAUGGGGUUAAAAAAAACAACAUCUGUGGCUUUUUUUGUGGAAAACAAAUCAUGAACACUCUCUUGGUGUAUUUGUAAAAACUAUCAUGUAUGUACAGUAUGCAUGUAAAUGUCGUUGUCCAUGCGUGGCUACAGUACAUCCCACACUCCACACUCUAGUCCCCUCCCUACACACACACACACACACACACACACACACACGCGAAACCUAAACCUACGGCAAAAACUUUGCUCAUAGUCAGUAAUGUAGAGCUCAUCACCAACAUAUAAUUGCUGAAUGAAAGAGAAAUUUAUUUGUGAUAUUUUCCGAGACAUUUGCUCCAGUCUGGUGUAUUUAAUUAAUAAAAAUAUUGAAGAUUU